ACAGAAGUUGAGCCGAUUGGUGGAGCGACACGAUUUUGUACAGCCGUCAGGACAUUUGAUGUUGAUAAUCCUUUGGUUUUAUUUAGUGGUGAUAUUUUUUCGCCCAGCAUGUUAAGUACCUUUACCCAGGGUGAACAAAUGGUGCCGGUACUCAAUAAAAUUGGAACACAUUGUGCGGUUUUUGGGAAUCAUGAUUUUGACCAUGGCUUAGAUGUCCUUGUGGAACUCAUCAAAAAGACCAACUUCCCCUGGCUGAUGUCCAAUGUGGUGGACAAUGAAACCGGACGGCCGUUGGGUGGUGGAAAAAUUUCCCAUUAUAUAUUUCACAAUCAAAUAUCGAUUGGCCUAAUCGGUUUGGUGGAGAAGGAAUGGCUUGAAACGCUGCCCACCAUCGAUCCCAAAGAGGUGACCUACAUUGAUUAUGUCCAGGCGGGAAAUAAACUGGCCGAGGAACUGCGUAACGAAGGCUGUGAAUUAAUUAUUGCUCUGACGCAUAUGCGUACGCCUAAUGACAUUAAUUUAGCCGAACAUUGCCCAGGCAUUGAUCUCAUCCUGGGCGGUCAUGAUCAUGUCUAUGAGAUAAAGGAGGUCAAUGGCAUUAAAAUUAUUAAAUCCGGUACAGAUUUUCGGCAAUUCUCAAAAAUUACCAUACACAAGGAAAGGGAUGAAAAUGGAAAGUUGAAAAUCGAUGUGGAGGCGGUAGAUGUUACGGCCAAGUACCCGGAGGAUGAAGAAUUGAAAAAGGAAUUGGCCAAGUACUCCGAGGUGAUAGAGGCUAAAAUGACUGAAGUUUUGGGUAACUUUAGUGUGGAACUGGAUGGCCGGUUUUCAGCCAUACGUACCCAGGAAACAAAUUUGGGUGAUUGGGUGUGUGAUGUGGCACUGGCAGCAACUGGAGCCGAUGUGGCUCUCAUUAAUUCGGGUACAUUUCGUUCGGAUCAAAUACAUCCGCCCGGGCCAUUUACUAUGAGAGAUUUGGUCAACAUUAUACCCAUGAGAGAUCCUUUGAUUUUGUUGGAAAUUACCGGGAAAUGUUUAUAUGAGGCAUUGGAAAAUUCCGUAUCCGGUUAUCCGAAAUUAGAGGGUCGAUUUCCUCAGGUAUCUGGUGUAACCUUCGCCUUUGAUCCCUCCAAACCACCGGGCAAACGCAUAGAUCCCCAGCUGGUGCAAGUGGGCGAUGAAUAUUUAAAUAUGGAACAGAAAUAUAAAAUCUGUAUUAAAAGUUACAUUUACAAUGGCUGUGAUGGUUUUACUAUGUUUAAGGACGCUAAAGUAUUGAUGGAUGAUGAUUCCUGCCCCGAACUGGGCCUAACCGUACAAAAUCACUUUAAAGCAAUAAAUUUACGCACCGGCAAGGGUGGCCACCACACCAAACAUCGACAAUCAUUGGUAACGCUGUCCCGCCGCCACAGUAUGGUACAAAUGUUGGAUAAUCUCGAAUUGGAUGGUCCAUCGCCGAUACGAAAAUUGUCGGGCCACCAAACAAAAUCAAUAGACUUAUCGAAUACGAAUUGCUCAAAGAUGUUACGUCGCGCUUCCCUCGAUGACUUGGAACAGGCCAGCUGCCAAUUGGCCCCAAAAAUCCAGCAUAGAAUAAUACGCAUACAAAAUGAAGACCACUAUAACCAACUGCUUAUGAAAAAGGAGACUUCCAUAAAAAACACAACAAUCACUGAGGCUGAAGAUGAAUAA